CCCCCACGAGCCUCUGCUGCUCUCUUGCCCUCUGUCCGCGAAGACACCAUGGCCCAGGCCGCAGCGGGUAACGUUCUCCGUGCAUCACUGUUUGCCAUGCCGGUGGCGUUGGCGUUCCAUGACGUCGUAGGGUCCCCGGUGCAAGUGGAAGGGAGGUCGAUGCAGCCGGCGAUCAACCCGCACUUGGGACCAGAGAGCCAACAAGGCGGAAGCCUGGACGUGGUGUGGCAAGACAAACUGAGCAUCUCGAGACACAUCUACGAGCGAGGCUCCAUCGUCGUCUUCAGGAAUCCCUUCGACCCGAAAGAGCGGGUCGUGAAGCGACUGAUCGGCGUCGAUGGCGACUGGGUGCGACCAAGGGGCAACAAGCACAACCUGAUGAGAGUGCCGGAGGGAUACUGCUGGGUAGAGGGUGACAAUCACGGGGUCAGCGGAGACAGCAACCAUUUUGGACCGAUACCGCUGGCGCUCAUUGAGGCAAAAGCGACCCACGUUUUGUGGCCACCAGGAAGAAUGCGCAGGCUGGGCCAAGAUUUGCCGGUAAUCCACCGCGGUUUGAAUCCAUCCCAAGCGUGACAGAGCGGGCGCCACUUGUGCUUAUUCUCUUUGUGUUCCGAAGGGGGGGUCCCAAGGGAAGACGCACAGACGUGGUAAACAGAGGAGUAUAUAUACGGCUUGGGAGCAGCGAUUCACUGGCGGAGUUUGGAUAUGACGUGCGGCUUUUUUGCUGAGGGUACAGAAAGAGCCCAUUCGCUCGUGUUCGCUUCUGGUGGCGCACGGCUCUUGUGCUGCUAAAUAAAGGUACAGGGCUACUUCGCUUUAGCCGAUCGAUGUAUUGGGCUAUGGCCGCCCUUGAUUGUUUUGUUAAAACAUCCAACUCGAGGUGUUCAUGGAUGAGACGAAGAAAACGUGUUGUCGUUGUUGUCGUGCUCAUUUGCUACUUCUUCGUUCUUGAUAGCUGAGAGCGCGAGCCAUAACGUCAAAGGGUAGCUCUAAGGAUAAGGGUUCGGCCCUUUUGCUGAACCGCUGCAAGUUUGUGAUUUGACCGAUGGAUUAUUUUCCGUGAGCGGUAUGCCCGUAUGUUCCUGCAACUGGCCAGAGUUGUCUGAAUCAUCCCCCCCCCACAGUGUUUGCCAUCGGGGUUGGGUUUUCGUCGCUUGGCAACGACGUUGACGUUGUAAAACAAGCCAAUUCACUUCGUGAACUCGGC